AUGAUCUCUCACAGCAAGCAGAUGUGGCAGCUCGCUAGCUCGCUAGCUAACACAAACUCUUCAUUUUCUUUCUUUCUUUCUUUCUUUCUUUCUUUCUUUCUUUCUUUCUUUCUUUCUCAAUCUCUUCAUUAUCUAUAUAUCUACCUAUCUAUAACAAUUUCUUCAUUUUAUAUCUAUCUCAAUCUCUUCAUUAUCUAUCUAUCUAUCUAUCUAUAUAUCUAUCUAUCUAUCUAUAACAAUUUCUUCAUUUUUUUAUCUAUCUAUCUAUCUAUCUAUCUAUCUAUCUAUCUAUCUAUCUAUCUAAUCCUGUUCAUUAUCUAUCUAUCUAUCUAUCUAUCUAUCUAUCUAUCUAUCUAUCUAUCUAUAACAAUUUCUUCAUUUUCUAUCUAUAUAUCUAUCUCUAACCAUUUCUUCAUUUUCUAUCUAUCUAUCUAUCUAUCUAUCUAUCUAUCUAUCUAUCUGUCUCUAACCAUUUCUUCAUUUUCUAUCUAUCUAUCUAUCUAUCUAUCUAUCUAUCUAUCUAUCUAUCUCAUUCUUGACUAUUCUCUCUCUCUCUCUCUCUCUCUCUCAUUCUAUCUAUCUAUCUAUCUAUCUAUCUAUCUAUCUAUCAGGCUUUUUGCUUUUAAGAAUCUAUCUAUCUAUCUAUCUAUCUAUCUAUCAGAAUCUCUCUCUCUCUCUCAUUCUAUCUAUCUAUCAGGCUCUUUGCUUUUAAGAAUCUAUCUAUCUCUCAUUCUAGCUAUCUAUCUAUCUAUCAGGAUCUUUGCUUUUAAGAACCUAUCUAUCUAUCUAUCUAUCUAUCUAUCUAUCUAUCUAUCAAUUAGACUCUUUGCUUUUAAGAAUCUAUCUAUCUCUCUCUCUCUCAUUCUAUCUAUCUAUCUAUCUAUCUAUCUAUCUAUCUAUCUAUUAGACUCUUUGCUUUUAAGAAUCUCUCUCUCUCUCUCAUUCUAUCUAUCUAUCUAUCUCUCAUCCUAUCUAUCUAUCUAUCUAUCUAUCUAUGAGACUCACAGCUAA